UCUGAGUCUCACUCUGAUCUCUCUCCUGCACGGGAGCCUGAGGACCGUUUAUCUGUGAUGGAUCACCUGAACACCAGCAACCUCCCCAACAACCAAUCAGACUUCGACAGAGUGUCUACCCUGAAGGUGCUGCUGCCGCCGCUCUACCUGCUCACCUGGCUGGUGGGCGGGGCCCUGAACGGCGUCGCCGCCUGCAUCUUCUUCCGGGUGCCCAGCGACUCAGGGCUGGUGGUGUACCUGAAGAACAUGGUGGUGGCUGACCUCCUCAUGCUCACCAGCUUCCCCUUCAAGGCGGCGGCCGAUCUGGGCGUGGGGGGGUGGCGCAUGCACGUGGUCACCUGCCGCUACACCGGUGUGCUCUUCUACUCCUGCAUGUACGUGGGCAUCGUCUUCAUGGGCUUCAUCAGCCUCGAACGCUACAUGAAGAUCGUCCGACACAACUCGUCUAACACCUCCACCUGCUGGUCGCGGUGGUGCAGCGUCUCCAGGCUGCACCUCCUGCAGAGCCCAGGCUUUGCUCGGGCGCUGGCGCUGCUCACCUGGAUGUCCCUGCUGCUCAGCGUGCUGCCAAACGUGCUGCUCACCAGCAAUCCUGCAAACGAGACGAACGCGCAUCAAUGCAUGCAGCUGAAGACACCGUUCGGCCUGCAGUGGCACAAGUACUCCACCUAUUUCAACAUCGGCCUCUUCUGGCUGGCGCUGUGCCUGCUCUCCUUCUGCUACACCUCCAUCGCCUGCCGGCUGUACAGCUCGUACCGCCUCAUUCGCCGUGGCCAGAGCAACGCCUGCAGGAAGUCCAAGCGCAGCAUAUUCAGCAUCCUGGUGGUGUUCUUCGUGUGCUUCGUGCCGUACCACGUGCUGCGCGUCCCGUACACGUUAAGCCAGGGUAAGGGGUCGGGCUUCAUCAAUGACGACCGGUUCCUGCUAUUCCAGCUGAAGGAGGCCACGCUCUUCCUCUCGGCCUUCAACGUCUGCCUCGACCCUGUCAUCUACUUCCUGAUGUGCCGCACCUUCAGGGAGUCGCUGCUCAGGAAGCUAUCGGGGAGGAGAGGGAGGGGGAGGGGGAGGGGGAGGAGUAGGCGGGGGUCACUCACCACCGGUCAGUCCUUCACAAAUUUAGGCGGGGGAGAGGAGGUGAGGGAAAGAGGGAAGGACACAAGGAUAGGAGACUGAUCACCUUCACCUGCUCUUGGGCGCUUCCACCUUGGCCUCCUUUGCGUGGCCAGCUCCAUCGACCUUUACUCGUCAAAGAAACCGUUUCUGAGCUUUUGAUUGAACUGUUUUGACCAAUAUGUGAUCACUUUAUCCAACGACACAUGUAGCCAUAGCUAUCUACAAAGCUAACGGUCCCAGCUUUUGAGAUGGGGGCUGAGAUGGAUAAAGAUAGAAAGGGUGCUGAGCCACUGAGUAAGGGAUGCAGCUAGAGGAGAGGAGACAAGACAAGGGUGAAAUAACAGAGGAAACAAGGGGAGGAAACAGGGAGGAUUGAAUCGUUUGAUAAAGAAAAGCUUCACUUGAAGAAAUCUGCAUCAAACCUCACGCAUCCCAAUGUGAAUUUAAAUAACUUGCUUCAAUAAAAAAUCAUGGAUAUCUUUGACAGAAAUGUUUGUAUAUAAGUAUAGGAGUAUAUAUUAUCCACUGCCAUGCGUAGGACUCCUAGAGUAGGGGGGAAUUUUUGUUUAAGAAGCAAAGUGAAUAAAGGAAGUGCUGUGUGGAAAUGAAA